AAGGGUCGCAAGUCGCAGAGACACGGAAUCGAUCCGGCGCGUGGUCACGACGGGAAGUCCCCACACCCCGGGGCAAAUCGGUACUGUAUUCGGCAAGGCCACCAGACGGCAAAUAGGCGUUGCGCUUGCCUCCGGGCCCCGGCCGGCAGCGACGUACCAAAGCAAAACCAAACCCCGCCUUGCACGCGCGCCGUCGCCGCCACCGACACCCCCCCCCCCCCCCCCCCACCUUGGCCGGAGGCGGCAACAGCGGGGAUGGAGUGCUUCCGCCGCGUGAACCCGUUCCGCGCUUGCGCGGGGCUGCGGGUCCUGGGGUACCUCAUGCUGGCGCUCGUCGCCGCCAUCGUCGCCGUCUCCUACUACGCCGUCGUCGUCUACGCCUGGGGCCCGCUUCUCCUAGGCGGCGGCGGCGGCUCCGUUGCUGCGGCCGCUAUCGUUCUCGCCGCCUUCCACCUGCUCCUAAUAAUGAUGCUGUGGUGCUACUUGAUGGUUGUUUUCACUGAUCCUGGAGCGGUACCAGAAAACUGGAGACAUGCUGCAGAAGAGGAUGAUAUGGAUGAGAGCAACACUAGGACCAUAUCAAAUGAUGUUGCUACAGAUAUUGUGAAUCCUCCAUUGUUCACGUCAGAGGGGCAAGGAAAUGCGUCUAGAUAUUGCUCUCGUUGUCAAAAUGGCAAACCUCCACGUUGCCAUCAUUGUUCUAUCUGUGACAGAUGUGUGCUUAAAAUGGAUCAUCACUGUGUUUGGGUAGUAAACUGUGUCGGAGCAAGGAACUACAAGUACUUUCUUCUUUUCCUGGUGUAUACUUUCCUUGAGACUGUGCUGGAUACAUUAGUACUACUUCCAAGCUUUAUUACCUUCUUCCGAGAUGAAAGUAGGCGUUCCAGCUCAGCCAGCGAUGUUGCCAUUCUAUUUCUUGCUUUCGUUCUUAAUUUGGCAUUUGCGUUGAGCCUCCUCAUUUUCAUAGGCAUGCACACAUCUCUUGUUGCGAGUAAUACAACAUCUAUAGAGGUAUAUGAGCGAAAGAAAACAGUCUCAUGGCAAUAUGACCUAGGAUGGAGAAAAAACUUGGAGCAGGUUUUUGGCACCAAAAAGUUGUUCUGGUUUCUUCCUGUUCACUCCAGCGAGGAUCUGCACAACAUACCUGCACUUCAAGGUCUUGGAUUCCCGGCUCGUCCUGGUGCAGUGGUAUAAGUGCAACUGAUUUCCGCCGGCACUAUAUUCUAAUUAUAUCAUACAGCCAUCUCACCUGUAAAUUUCGGUACAGAGAAUAUGUGUUCUUUCCGUGCAAAGUUAGUGAAUGGCAUUGUAGAUUCUUUCUGUGUAAUUCCUGUACGAUUUCUCCCAUCGAACAGAGCAGUCCCCCGAUGCAA